UACGACGGCAUCAUGGAGCGCAUCCCCAACACGGCCUUCCGCGGCCUGCGGCAGCACCCGCGCACACAGCUGCUCUACGCCCUGCUGGCCGUGCUGUGUUUCGCCCUGACCCGCUCACUGCUGCUGACGUGCCUGGUGCCCGCCGGGCUGCUGGGCCUCCGCUACUACUACAGCCGGAAGGUGGUCCUGGCUUACCUGGACUGCGCCCUGCACACGGACAUGGCCGACAUCGAGCAGUACUACAUGAAGCCCCCGGGCUCCUGCUUCUGGGUGGCUGUGCUGGACGGCAACGUGGUGGGCAUCGUGGCGGCACGGGCCCACGAGGCAGACAACACGGUGGAGCUGCUGCGUAUGUCCGUGGACUCACGUUUCCGUGGCAAGGGCAUCGCCAAGGCGCUGGGCCGCAAGGUGCUGGAGUUCGCGCUCGUUCACAACUACUCGGCGGUGGUUUUGGGCACAACGGCCGUCAAGGUGGCUGCACACAAGCUCUACGAGUCGCUGGGCUUCAGACACAUGGGCUCGAGUGACCACUACGUGUUGCCCGGCAUGACCCUGUCGCUGGCCGAGCGCCUCUUCUUCCAGGUCCGCUACCAUCGCUACCGCCUGCAGCUGCGCGAGGAGUGAGCAUUGCCUGCCCGCCCGCCGCCCACCUGCCGCCCGGCCACCCCGUCCGCCCGUGCCCGCCUGCCCACCACCCGGGCCCGCUUGCAGGCGCUCCCCUUGGCGUUUGUGGUGGGUGUUUCCUUUCCACCAUCACGCGGUUCUCCGGCUGGCUUUCUGGGGGGCGAGGGGCCGCGGCUCCUCUGUGACACUCUCGGGACUGGUUGUGUGUAG